GAUUCGAGUGAUGAAGAUCUUGAAUACAAACAAGCGCUCGCAACUAGGAAGCAGUUGCUGAGUGACGAGGCGAAUCGCCAGCGUAUUCGUGAGGAGCUGGAAACGUACGUAUGCUCACUAAGCUCGCGUACGGACGAAAACGGAGAGCACCUAGUCGAGUUUCCCCGAAACUACCAGCAAGUUGUGUCGCUCAUGACGCAGAAGGAUGUGAGCGAGGAAGACAGCAAGUCUCCAGAAGGAAAGCACACACGGCAAAGUUGGUCGCGCGUUCUGAUCGAGUCCGGUCUGUCCAAGCAGCAAGCGUUUGGAAUCUUGGAGGAUGUAGACGACGACCCUGAAGGCAGCAGCUUGGCAGCCAAGAUCGCGUUUAAGAUGGCUCGUAUCCGACAGCUAGACACCAUUCUCGAAGAGAAGCUGGGGAAGAACUUGUACGCGAGUAUAGUGCCAAGGAAGCAAAAGAGAGCGCAGUCACCACCCCAGAGAGAUGCAGCCAAAGCGAUUCCUAGUAGUAGAUCAAGCACGAGCAAGUCUUCCAGCCGAACGUUCGUGACACAGUCUCAGUCAAAUUCGGUUGUCGCCGCAAAUGGAGGUGACACCAGCCGUAGUGAUACAACCACCAAACCGCCAACAGCGAACCAAGAUGAAGUUGUAUCCGGAGGCAAGAAGAGCAACAACUUCAUUGAGCGGAACAAAAUGGUGGUAGCCAACGGGAUGAAAGCCAACAUGACGAAAGACGAGGAAGAGAGGCUCGAGAAACUGCUCCGAGAAGAAGCCACUUUGCCUGGUGGUAGCGCUGUCAGCGAAGAUCCUGCAACGAGCGACGACAUCAACGCUAAGGGCAGCACUAUACCUGAAGAAUGCAACGAAUUCACGAUGACAGAGGCUGAGAAGCAAGCCAUUGAAGAGCUUAUCGCAGCUAAAAGCGGCGCGUACCCGUUGUUCACGAUUGACGAGCUACAGGAUGGCCCAACCGACGAGGCUUUGCCUCCAUCAGAUACUCGGCCUGUAAAGGACAACAUCAUCCAGGAAACGAAGCGGGAGCGCCUGCAGAGACAGCGCCUCAGUCGCGUCGAGCAGGAGCUGCGAUUCCUGCAAGAAUCCCCGUCGGUGGUUAUCGUGGGAGAUGAUCACGACGGUGAUGAGAACGACGACUGCCGCAGUGAAAAAUCUUUUGUCACUGUAGCUUCAUCGACGUGCUCUACCCGCUCGGGGGUGAUUUCACGCCACGACUUCAAGUGCUUCCUCGCCCAGCAAAAGGAAAGCUUCCGUUCUACGCCGACUGCAAGCGCCGAAGAGAUCCGACGACUCCUACUGUCCAUCGACCACGGAUCUGCUGUUUCUUCG